ACGCCUGACUGUAAGAGCCGCCUCCUAGACUUAUCUACGCAGACCUGUUCGGAAAACAUCUCAAUAUUGACGGGUAUACAUCUUCUAAGUACACGGAGUUUGGUCCGCUCGUGAAAGAGAGUUGUCAAAGGUUCGUGGACGGCAAUAUUGAAGUGUUACAUGUACAUCGCAUUCAUUUCUUUAGUAAAUGCCUCCAAACAGCGCAAUGGAAGUGGGCAGGCAAUUGUUGGGGAAAAUGAUGACCAGAAGAAAGGGCGAGAUCUCCGUCCCCGUAAUAGCACAGGGCCUCGAGGUCCACUUCUACUUGGGAGACUGUCACCAGCUGAAGUUUCUCCGGGGUUGUUUCACUGCAGAGGAGCUGUGCACAGAGGCGGCCAGGAAGUGCGGCAUUUCCCCUCUUUGCUUCAACCUUUUUGCGUUGUGUGAUGAGGGUAUGGACCUAUGGUAUCCUCCCAAUCACAUCUUCAAAAUUGAAGAGAGCACCUGCUUAAAGCUCCACUAUCGCAUGAGGUUCUACUUCACCAACUGGCACGGUCUGAAUGAGUGUGCAGCGCGCGUUUGCAGACACGCCCUGAAGGGAAAGAACGGCAGUGAGCCAAAGUCUGAACCAGGAGGCUCACCUCUCCUUGACGCCUCCUCGCUGAAAUAUCUGUUUGCCCAGAGUCAGCGAGACUUCCAGAAGGGCCGCGCUGCAGUGCGGAACGUGGAGAACGAGGCGGAGGCCCACAAUAUUGAGAAUGAGUGCCUGGGGAUGGCGGUGCUGUCCCUCUCACACCACGCCAUGGACAAGAACAUCAGCAUCCCUGAUUUAGCCAAGCAGAUCAGCUAUAAGAAAUACAUCCCAGAUAACGUCAACCAGAUCAUUGACCGGCACAACUGCCUGACACGACUUCGCAUCUCCCGGGUUUUCCGGCGCUUCCUCAGUGAAUUCAACAACAACACAGUGCAGAGCAACAACAUCAGCACCCACGACAUCCGGGUCAAAUACCUGUCCACACUGGAGACACUGACCACUUGGUUCGGCUGUGAGGUGUUUGAGCCUGAGGUACUCCGUGUGAUGGACAGCGAAGGUGAGAUCGAAGGAACCCCCCUUUCCUUUAAGAAGGAUCAGCCUGCCCAGUACCAAGUUCUCGUGUCUGGAAAUACAGGAAUCAAGUGGCGGAGAAAGCAACAGAAUAGUGCGUGGACUGCCAUAGAGAAGAAAACGUCGAAAAAGAACAAAUACAAAAUCAGCUCGAAGAACCAACCCGCUCAAGACGUCUCAAGUGACUGGAAAAGCUUCUCUGAAUUAAACGAGAUCACACACAUCAACAUCAAAGGCUGCACUGUCACCGUGCACAAGCAGGACAACAAAAAGAUGGAACUGAGCCUGGGUUUCCACGCCGAGGCACUGUCUUUCGCCGCUCUCAUCGAUGGAUACUUUCGUCUGACGGUGGACGCGCAUCACUUCCUAUGCACAGAUGUGGCCCCUCCCUCUGUGGUGCGGAAUCUGCAGGAAGGCUGCCAUGGUCCAAUCAACAUGGACUACACUGCCCACAAGCUGUCCCAGGAGGGUGGGGAGGAGGGCCUGUACGUGCUGCGCUGGAGUUGCAUCGACUACGACCACAUCCUCCUGACUGUUGCAUGCAACCAGGUGGACCAAACCGACCAGCGUCCGUACCGGAACUUCAAGAUCCAGGUGGGCCCGGGCGGCUACGACCUGAUCGGAACAUCCCUGAAGCAGCCCUCGCUCAAGAAGCUGAUGGAACAGCUUACAGCCCAGAGCCUGAGGACGGACCGGGUCACUCUGCGGCUCCAGAAGGCCUGCCCUCCACAGCCCAGAGAAAUCUCUAACCUGCUGCUGGUGACGAAGAGGGAGGUGGAACCAACGUGCCCCACACAGAGUCAACUCAUCUUCCACAGGAUCCUCAAAGAGGACAUUGUGCAGGAGGAGCACUUGGGCUGUGGCACUAGAACUAACAUCUAUGCUGGCACACUGAAGAUCAAGAGUGACGGAGAGACGGACUUGUGGGGUUCUCAGAAGGACCACGAGGUCAAAGUGGUCCUAAAGGAGCUGGGGUCUCAACACAGGGAUAUCUCUAUGGCCUUCCUUGAGAUGGUCAGCAUGAUGCGGGAGGUAUCCCACCAGCACAUUGCCCUGCUGCACGGUGUCUGGGUUCGUAACCAGGACUACAUCCUCGUGGAGGAGCACGUGAGGCUGGGUCCUCUGGAUGUGUUCAUGCGGCAACAUCGUCUUCAGCUGAGCACGUCCUGGAAGUUCGAGGUGGCCCAACAACUGACCAGUGCUCUCAGCUACCUGGAGGACAAGAAGCUGGUCCAUGGCUACAUCUCUGCUAAGAACAUCCUAGUGGAGCGGGCUGGACUGGAUGGAAAAACGGGGCCAUUCAUCAAACUCAGUGGUCCUGUCACCCCCAUCUACGCGCUCAACAGACAAGAGUGUGUGGAGAGGAUCCCCUGGAUCGCCCCGGAGUGCCUGGAGGAGGAUCCGGCCCUGAGUGUGGCUGUGGACAAAUGGGGCUUCGGCGCCACCCUGUGGGAGAUCUGCUACGAGGGAGAGGUACCUCUGAAAGACAAGAAACUCAUUGAGAAGGAGAUGUUCUACUCGGCACAGUGUUCCCUGGUGACUCCGGACUGCCCCCAGCUGGCCGAACUCAUCAAAAAGUGCAUGGCCUUUGACCCCAAGAGAAGACCCUUCUUCAGGGCCAUCGUCAGGGACCUUACAGGGGUCGCCGAGCAGAACCCGGACAUACUUCCUCGUGGGUCGCCUGCCAAUGAAGAGGACCCCACUGUGUUUGAGACCCGGUUCCUCAGAAAGAUCAAAGAUCUGGGAGAGGGUCACUUCGGCAAGGUGGAGCUGUGCCGGUAUGACCCAUGUGGAGACGGCCGCGGGGAGCUGGUGGCCGUCAAGUCUCUGAAACCGGAGAGCCGAGGCCAGUUGGGUUGCCAUCUGAGGAGAGAGGUGGACACAAUGAGGGAGCUCUACCAUCAGAACAUCGUCAAGUACAAGGGAGUGUGUAGUGAAGAGGGCGGGAGAACAACCAAGCUGAUAAUGGAGUACCUGCCAGCGGGGAGUCUUAAGGAGUAUUUGCCCCGGAGGAGAGACCAGACAGACCUCCGGAGGCUCCUCCACUACGCCCUCCAAAUCUGUCAGGGAAUGGAUUACUUGGGUUCCCAUCGGUUCAUCCACCGGGAUCUAGCAGCCCGGAAUGUUCUAGUGGAGAACGAGAGCACGGUAAAGAUUGGAGAUUUUGGUCUCACCAAGAGCAUGAAGGAGGAUAAGAGUUACUACACUGUCAAAGAGGUGACUGACAGCCCAGUGUUCUGGUAUGCCCCUGAGUGCCUGCUGGAUUGUAAGUUCUACACGGCGUCUGAUGUGUGGUCUUUCGGAGUGACUCUCUACGAGUUGAUGACCUACUGUGAGACAAGCAGCAGUCCCACUACGGUAUUCUUGGAGAUGCUUCGUCCGACCCAGGGCCAGAUGACUCUAACCCGAUUGGUGGAAAUGCUUAGGGCCGGGAGGAGGCUGCCCUGUCCAUCUCACUGCCCAGAAUCCGUAUACUCUCUGAUGAGGAGGUGUUGGGAGAUUGAUCAGGAAAACAGGAUCCAGUUUAAAGAGCUCGUUACAGAGCUGGAGGAGCUUCUGUUCGACAGACACAGAGGAGACGGGCUGUUCCACUGAUGGUCGGACAUGACCGCUCAUCCUGGAUAGGAGUAUCUGAUGAAAGACUUAAAUGGAGAUGAGUGGAUGAAUCAGGGGAAAUGGACUGAACCUUGUUUGUUGGCCCUGUUCACACCUGCCCCCAACCAUGUCUCCUCCAUUCAGCCCUUGCCUUGUUUACAUGACAUUCCUGCCGGGCUUUGUUGGUAGAAAACAAGAUGCCAUUGUUGUGAACGGGGGGAAAAUGUCGAUUUUUUUUGUCUCAGACUGAAUAAAAUGAAGUUAUGUA